UUUCGUCUUUCUCUUUUUAUUUCAAGAUCAUUCGCUGCGAAUAUUACUCGUAUAUCAUGAAUCUUUUUCACCAUGCCUAUUACGGAUCAGCCUGAGAUUACAGGAAAGUACUGCUUUAAGUAGAAAUCCUGUAUAAGCACUCCCGUAUCAAGGUUUGAGAUGUAGAAUAUUGACAGCGACGCUCGCCAGUUGUACUUUCUCUAGACCAGCUCUGCUAAGUUAGUAUUCCAGCAUUAGCCAUUUUGAAUUCGCGCAAUUAUAAAUUUGAUCCAAAGCUUAAUUAGGCGAGUUAUAUUGCAAUCAGAGGCUACGAAUCGUUAUUAAUUUGUAAAGCCAAGUUUCUGUUAUAUACUACUUGCAAGCUGCGAUGUUUUAAUUUAUACGCACUAAAUUCAAUAUUUAAUGAAAAGCCUAUGUACAGCUUUCUUAGGACUCUAUUAUACUUUGACAGACGGAGCGAUAAUUCUCUUUUCAGUCUAAGUACGAAUUUUAAGUAAGAUUUAAACAGGAUAGAAUCCUACACUGGAAGUGAUGUCACCUUCCCUUAAGUGGUAUUUACUUUUAAAUAGGCCAGCAAAAGAAAAUAUCUGUUCCACCACAAAGAAAUAGUUAAGUCAGGAUGCUGACUCAACUAGUAUUGAGUUUUUGUUAAUUCCAAACCCAAAAAGGAGCGUAAUCUUCAGACGUAAAAUACCUGUGUUUGUUAUCUUUUAUUUUUACUCUAAAAUGCGUGUUUUUCAGAAAAAUGGAACCGAGAUAAGGUGAAUAACUACAGAUUGUGAUUCAGCAAGAAAAAAAAAAGUUGGCUUGUUUAUUCUAAAACCCAGUCUUUCUUUCCUAUCUGUUAACAUAAGUGUGAAGCAGAACUGGCAAUACAAACACACUUUUGUAGAAUACAGACUAGAGCAACAGCAGUAGAAUAUAGUAAAGGAUAUAUCUGAAUUUUCACUCUUCAUAGCUGUUGGCUGUUUUUACAAUGGAUUCCUUAUUCACAGUGAGAGAUAGGGAAGUCAAGAUGUUUACAAGCCAAAUGUUAAGACUGCAGUUUCAGCGAAUUUUUGUGUAACCGCUUUAGAUGUUCAGAUAUUAUGGGAGCUUGAUGCUUUAGGAAUUAAAGUAAAAGAAGAGUUAAAUGUAGUUGAUAAAGCGCUGAUAGAUAAAUUUGAGAAAAAUUUAAAAUUCGUGAAUGAGAGAUAUGAAACUGAUUUAUUAUGGAAGUUUAGUUACGAUGAAUUAGGAAAUAAUUAUUUUUUAGCUAAAAAGAGGUUUGAUGAGUUAGUAAAGGAUUUUUUUAAAAAUGAUUGGGUUGCUAAUGAGUAUAGGGAUAUAAUAAAUGACCAAAAACAAAAUGGAGUUAUUGAGGAAUGUGGUAGAGAUGAGCAUGAGUAUUUUAUGCCUCAUAGAGCAGUUAUCAAGAUAAAGAAACAACUAACGUUCGUAUAGUCUUUAACUGCAAAAAUCUAAAGGUAAUCUUUCUUUAAACGAUUGUUUGGAAACUGGCCCAAAUUUAAAUCCAAAUAUUCUUGAUGUGAUUCUAAAAUUUCGUAAUUACAAAAUAGCGUUUAAUGGUGAUAUAGAGAAGGCUUUCUUAAUGAUAAAAAUUUCUGAAAGAGAUAGAAAAUUCUUAAAAUUUCUUUGGUAUUCAGAUAACCCUAGUGAAGAAUAUAAAAUUAUGAGAAUGAAAAGACUACCCUUUGGAUGUAAAAGUUCCCCUUUCAUUUUGAGUGCUACGAUAAAGCAUCAUAUAAAAAAUAUAAGGAAAGUAAACCGAAGUCAUUUGAAAUGUUAAAUUCAUCACUUUACGUAGACGAUUUAUAUUAUGGUGGAGACAGUGUGAGAGAAUCAUUUGAGUUGUCGUCGGAUGCUGUAUCAAUAUUAAAGAGUGGUGGAUUUAAUUUAAGGAAACUGAGGUCGAACAGUAGAGAAUUAGAAAAAUUGUGGAUAGAAAAUGGACUUAGUGACAGUGAGAUAGUGGGAGUUCAACAACUGAAAGUCCUAGGGUUGAAUUGGAAUCCUGAUAGAGAUGAGUUGUCGUUGGAGGUGAAGGGUUUGGUGGAUUCGUGGAAAACGCUGCGACGCACUAAAAGAUGUGUUUUACAGACAGCUGCAAGAAUCUUUGAUCCUAUUGGUUUGAUUGCGCCGUUUGUGAUACGUAUAAAGUUAUUGUUACAGGAAAUUUGGGAGAGAGCGUGUGAUUGGGACGAAGAAUUGCCGGAGGACUUGCAGCAAAAGUGGAUAACGUGGUGUAAAGAAAUUGAAAAAUUGAUAGACGUUACUAUUCCGAGAUAUUGUUUUCUGGAUUGUGAGAAUGAGCAAUCCGAAGUACAUGUGUUUUGCGAUGCUUCACCAAGUGCUUACGGAACUGUUGUUUAUUUUAGAUAUUGUGAGAAUAAUGGGAAUUACAGAGUAUCCUUUAUAAUGUCGAAGAGUAGAGUGUCACCAUUAAAGAAAUUAACGCUGCCACGGUUGGAGCUAAUGGCCAUGGUAAUAGGUGCUAGAGUGGGAAAUUACCUUAAGAGUGUCUUUAAGGAUAAAAUUGGAAGAAUAUUGUUUUGGAGUGAUUCUUGUAUUGCGUUGCAUUGGGUGAAGGGAAGUGCGAAGAGAUGGAAACAGUUCGUUGCCAACCGGGUUGUGGAAAUUCAGGAAAGAUCGAGUCCAAGUGAUUGGUAUUACUGUCCGUCUGACGAUAAUCUCGCAGAUUUGCUUAUUAGAGGAAUCUUGGCUGAGAAGUUGGUACUUAAUGAAAAAUGGUGGUCAGGUCCAAUUUGUCUUCGAAAAUGUUUUGAGAGUUGGUCUAAACAUUGGGUUAGAGGAUUACCAAAUGUAGACAGUGAGGAAAUACUAAGAGAGCAAAAAAAAUCUGUCAAAUGUUUUGUAAAAUUAAGUUGAGCAGCUUUGGAACAAAUUUUCAGUUUGGAGUAAGUUGCAGAGAGUUGUUGCUUGGUGUUUAAGGUUUAUAAGAAAUGUGAGGGGGAGUAAGAUUUUGGCUCCUUUCUUAGAAACAAGUGAACUAAAAGAAGCGCAUGAUAUUCUAAUCAAACUAGUCCAAAGAACUGAGUAUAAAAAGGAAAUAGCUACUUUAGAGAAAGCGAGAGUGUUAAAGAAAAGUUCUUUAAUUUCUCUAAAACCGUUCUUAGACAACAGUGGCAUACUACGUGUAGGAGGACGUUUAAGAAAUGCCAGCUUACCAGACUCUGUGAAACAUCAAAUAAUAUUGCCUAAGAAUCAUCCUGUUACAAAAUUGUUAGUGACAUUUUAUCACCUUAAUUAUAUGCACGGAGGAGUACAAUUAGUUACCUCUGCAAUGAAACAAAAGUAUUGGAUUAUAGGAGCAAAAACUGCAAUACGCAGAAAUAAGAAAAGAAAUAAGAAAUAAGAAAGUGCGUUAUCUGAGCCAGAUUUUGCUCUGAGUUUUCGAAACAAAUGAUGGCUGAUUUACCUUCUGAGAGAGUGAAUCCCGGAAGACCAUUUCUUAAAUGCGGAACUGACUUUUCAGAACCAUUCUUGAUCAGCCCUAGACGUGGUAGAGGAGUUAAACCACUGAAAAUUUCAGCUUAUGACGGGGUCAUGGGGGCCCAGUGUGUUACGCCAUCCAUUGCUCGCCGAAAGAGCGCGCUUCCGAUAUUCGUAUAAAGCUAAAAAAUGAAUGAAGUUUUGUGUUUCAGAGAUGUGGCAACACGCGAUUAUUUUUAUUGUAAUUGUGUUCUAAAGAUAUAAGUGAAUUGUAUUUCAAGUUUGUACGUUGGAGCAAGAGUAAAAUAUUUAUGAUAUU